CCCCCCUUUGCCACAGCACAGCUUCACUUCCCCCCAACACACAACACACAAAACCCUCGAACUCGGCGCAAUUGGUGUGUUAAUAAAUCAAAAUCAGCGCGAAAAAAGAGGAAAAAAUAGCUCAUUAAUUCGAGAAGGAGCCAAAACCCACUCCUUUUAUUCGUGGGCUUUUGGUUUUGGAGCUUGUAAUCAGGGUUUUGUACCUCAAGAGCUAAGUAGAGAGAGAGAGAGAGAGAGGGUUUGAUUCGGCUUGGUCAAAAAGUGCUUUUUCUUGCUGAAAAAUUGCUUUUUUACUUCUUAUUUGAGGGCUUUGGAUGGAGAUUGGGAGUGGACGCCUCUGAAAAUUUGAGGUAACAACACCUCUCGCAUUUAGCAUUUUUCAUGUUCUAUCAUUCGCCGUAUUUUCGGAACGAAUCGAGGCGAGAAAAUGAGAGAAGAGAUUAUGUUCGACAACCGAUCGAAGCCGUGCAAAUGCUCGGUGUACAACCAACACUCAAAAGCCGAAUCGAAGACCAAUUCGAACCCCUCGAAGCCCAAGUUCGGCUCCUCGUGGGGCUCGCAGAUCGUGAGGGGGUUCACGGCCGAUAAGAAGGCCAAACAACACCUCACCGCAGUUCCGGCCAAGAAGCCGCCUCUCGCUUGCUCUGAAAACUCAGCUCAGAACAACCUUUCGCGGGUUAAGCGGUCGCUCAUCGGCGAAUUCCCUUCCAACACUGCCCAAGUUCACCCGCAACACGGAUUCGAUUGCAAUUACAUCAAGUCCCCUUCGUCGCACAAUCUCGUUCUCGAGCUCGAUCAACUUAGAGAAUUGCUUAGAGAAUCCAAGGAGAGGGAAUUGGCGCUAAGAUGCGAGCUUUUGCAGUAUAAAGAGAGCCCGAGAGUUUCGGAGCUUGAAUUGGAGCUCGAUAUCAAAAAGAACGAGAUCGAAAAGCUUAACUCCACGGUCGAUUCGCUCGAAGCCGAGAAGACGAACCUUUGCGAGCAAUUAGCAUCCUUAUCGUCGAACCACGAGGAAAGCUCGAUAUCGGAUUCGGGUUCGGAGAGAAAUGCGUCUUCUUACAAGAAUUUGGAGAUCGAAGUUGUCGAGCUGCGCCGACUAAACAAGGAAUUACAGCUUCAGAAGAGGAAUCUCGCUUUUCGGCUCUCCUCGGCGGAAUCUAAGCUUGCUCGCUUCGCCAAGGACUCGGAGAGUGACAUAGUUGCGAAGGUUCAAGCGGAGGCGUCGCUAUUGAGGCACACUAACGCGAACUUGAGCAAACAAGUCGAAGGCCUACAAAUGAGCCGGCUAACCGAAGUCGAGGAGCUCGCUUACCUCCGCUGGAUCAACUCAUGCUUGCGCCACGAGCUUUCGGAUAAGGAAUCGCGGCAAGCGAUUGAUUUAGACGAUAUUGUCGCUUGCAAAGAUGUGGAGAUCGUAAGCGUCGAAAAAAUUUCUAACCGUGUCGACACUUACAUGAAAGUUGAUCUUGAAGAAGAUGUCGUAAAAUGGCCUCAAAAUGGUGAGACUUGCGGGAACUCGGAGGUGUACGAAGCGAUUCUAGACAAAGAUUGGGUUGAAGCGCGAAAAGGGAGAAGCCCGAGUAGUAGAAGGCAUUCUAUAAGCGGCCCGAACGGCUGCGAAGAAGAAGAGGACUUGAGUGUUAUCAAGAGGCGCCAAUCCGACAAUUUUAUUUUCCGCAAAGAGGCCGAAAAUAAACACCAACUACUUGUAGAGAAAUACAAUCUUGGAGGUGUUCCGACCUCGAGAUCGUUCGCGGGCAAGGCCGAGACAUGCAAACUUGCCACCCUAGACGUCGAAAAGCGUGCGUUACGCGUGCCCAAUCCUCCGCCGAGGCCUUCGAAUUGUAAUCCUCACGUCGGUAGUUUGAAUAGGUCCAAUUUGAAACCGCCACCUCCGCCUCCGCCGCCUCCGCCGCCACCACCGCCGCCAAAGUUCUCUACGAGAAGCACGGGAGUGAUGCGGCGGGCCCCGCAAGUUGCUGAGCUAUACCACUCUCUUAUGAAGAGGGAUUCGAGAAGAGAUUCUUGCGGCGGAGCGAUAUGCGAAGCCCCGAACGUCGCAAACGUUCGAAGUAGCAUGAUCGGUGAAAUCGAAAAUCGGUCCUCUCAUUUGUUGGCUAUAAAGGCCGACGUUGAAACUCAAGGUGAAUUCGUGAAAUCGUUGAUAAAGGAGGUGAACGAUGCGGCUUAUAGCGACAUCGAGGAUGUGGUUGCUUUUGUGAAGUGGCUCGACGACGAACUAUGCUUUCUAGUUGAUGAAAGGGCAGUGCUGAAGCACUUCGAUUGGCCAGAGAGAAAAGCCGACGCUCUUCGCGAAGCCGCAUUCGGGUAUCGGGAUCUGAAAAAACUCGAAGCAGAUGUUUCGAAUUAUGAGGACGAUCCGCGCCUUCCUUGCGACAUCGCGCUGAAAAAGAUGGUCUCAUUAUCUGAAAGGAUGGAGAGAAGUGUCUACAAUCUAUUGAGAACAAGAGAUUCGAUGUUGCGCCACUGCAAGGAGUUCAAAAUUCCCGCAGAUUGGAUGCUUGAUAACGGAAUAAUUAGCAAGAUGAAGUUUGCGUCGGUGAAGUUGGCGAAGAAGUAUAUGAAGAGAGUGGCUACUGAACUGCAGUCCAUGGGGGCGUCAAACAAAGAUCCGGCUUUGGAGUAUAUGAUGCUUCAGGGAGUGAGAUUCGCCUUCAGAAUUCAUCAGUUUGCAGGAGGAUUUGAUGCAGAGACGAUGGAUGCGUUCGAAGAGCUUCGGAACCUCGCGCACUUUAGAAACAAAACCUAAUGUGAGGAUCUUUGAAACCAAGAAAAUGUUGGAACAAAAAAUGCAAAAAUGCAAAAAAAAGGCUUAGUUUCUCAGUAAGCUUAAAAACACCACUACAUGUAUUGGGUGUAUACAUAAGGUUUCAUUGUGUUUGCUAUAAUGUCUAUUUGAAACUCUAUGGUUUGUUUUUGUA